GAAUUAUCUUAUAAACUAUCUGGCCAGAAGAGGAGCUGAUUUGGAACCCUUUGUGCUUGGAUCCUUGAUACAACUCUUCUGUCGCAUUACAAAGUUUGGGUGGCUAGAGGAUGACAGAUUCAAAGAGGUUGUUAAAGAAGGGAUGAAUUCCCUAAGUCAGUAUUUAUAUCGGAAUCACAUGCUCAAGCUGUGUCAGCAGGCACCACCUCAUUGUGCUAUUGGUUUGAAGAUUUUGGACCAGCUCAUUUCUGAGAUAAAUCAGGUUCCUAUUCCUCGGAUACCUCCUACUCGUCAGCGUAGGAUAGCUAGCUCUUUCAAGGAUCAAUCACUCUUUCAGAUGUUCCAGAUAUCAUUAACUUCUCUUAUCCAACUCAAAAAUGAUGUUGGAAGCAAGUUGCAAGAAUUAUCUCUUUUGCUUUCUCUUCGGUGCUUAUCAUUUGAUUUUAUGGGGACAUCCUAUGAUGAAAGUUCGGAUGAGAUUGGCACAGUUCAGGUUCCAACUUCUUGGAAGCCAGUCCUUGAGGAUUCCUCAACACUGCAAAUCUUUUUUGAUUAUUAUGCAAUGAAUCAACCAUUUUCAAAGGAGGCAUUGGAGUGCCUGUUGCGAUUGGCUUCUGCAAGGCGAUCUGUGUUUGCCAGUGAUGCUGCUCGACUAAAGUUUUUGUCACAGUUAAUGCAGGGAACCAAGGAAAUAUUGCAAACAGGGAUAGGUCUUGCAGAGCAUGAUAACUACCAUGCAUUUUGUCGUCUUCUUGGUCGCUUUAAAGUGAAUUAUCAGUUAUCGGAACUUGUGAAUGCUGAAGGCUACAGUGAUUGGAUACGAUUAGUGGCAGAGUUCACAUUGAAAUCUUUGCAUUCUUGGAAGUGGGCUGGCAGCAGUGUUUACUACCUUCUAGGUUUGUGGUCUAGAUCAGUAACAUCUGUGAAGUAUCUGAAGAGUGACAAACCCAUCUUGCUGGAUGAAUAUGUGCCUAAAAUCAUAGAAGGUUUUGUUACUUCUAGAUUUGAUUCAUUGCAGUCUGAACAGUCUGAUGAACUUGGUGAAGAUCCCCUGGACAAUGUGGAGGUGCUUCAGGAUCAGCUUGAUUUCUUUCCUUACCUCUGCAGAUAUCAGUAUGAAAGUUGCAGUUCAUAUUUGAUGAAGAUUGUGGAACCUAUCAUAGACAGCUAUAUGAAUGAAGCUAAUGCCCAAAUCUCUGUAGACAACUAUGAAAUAUCUGUAACAGAAGCCAAACUUGCUUGGUUCACUCACAUAGUUGCUGCAAUUCUGAAGAUUAAACAAAUUUCUGGUUUUAGUGGAGAAUCACAUGAGAUACUUGAUGCAGAGAUUUCAGCACGUGUUCUGCAGUUGAUUAAUAUCACUGACAGUGGAUUACACAGUAGGAGGUAUGGAGAUAUUAGCAAGCAAAGACUUGAUCGAGCUAUACUAACCUUCUUACAACAUCUUAGAAAGUGUUAUAUUGGUGACCAUGCUGUUCUUCCUUCCAAGCAGUUAUAUGCCCGAUUAUCUGAACUUCUAGGACUCCAUGAUCAUCUACUACUGCUGAAUGUUAUUGUGGGAAAGAUUGCUACUAAUCUUAAAUCUUACAAAGAGUGCAAAGAGGUUGUUGAUCACACUUUAAGCCUCUUUCAGAAAAUCCUUUCUAGGUUUAUGACAGGAAAGCUGCUUCUUAAGUUGGAGACAGUUCAACGCAUAAUAUCAAACCAGAUUGGGGAGCAAUUCCCAUUUUUAGAAAAUGUAGAAUGUUUCCGCAGCAGAACCAUGUUUUACUACACACUUGGCAUGUUAGUGUUCAUGGAAGAUAGCCCCCUGAAAUUUAGGUCUUCAAUGGAACAUCUUCUGCAGGUUUUUCUUAAGUUGGAAUCAGCGCCUGAUGCAAUUUUCCGAUCAGAUGCUGGAAAAUUUGCUUUGAUUGGAUUAAUGCGGGACCUUCGAGGGAUAGCAAUGGCAACUAACAGUCGUAGGAUGUAUGGCUUCCUUUUUGAUUGGCUCUAUCCAGCACGCAUGUCUAUUCUUUUGAAAGGCAUUUUGCAUUGGGCUAAUUCUCCGGAGGUAACAACUCCGGUGUUGAAAUUUGUGGAUGAAUUAGUCCUGAACAAAUCACAGCGAUUGAUCUUUGAUUCAUCUUCCCCAAAUGGUAUACUGCUUUUCCGUGAAGUCAGUAAACUGAUUGUGGCCUAUGGGUCAAGAAUAUUACCUCUUCCUAAUAGAGCGGAUGUGUAUACAUUUAAAUACAAGGGGAUAUCAAUUUGUUUGUCAAUUCUCACAAGAGCACUAUCUGGGAACUAUGUCAACUUUGGUUUUGAGCUUUAUGGUGAUAGAGCGUUAGUGGAUGCUCUAGAUAUCAUUGUAAAGAUGAUAUUAUCCAUUCCUUUGGCUGAUGUAUUUGCAUUUCGAAAGCUCACAACUGCUUACUUUGCAUUCUUGGAAACCCUCUUCAGCAGUCAUUUAUCAUUUGUUUUGAGUUUGGAUAAGUCCACAUUUAUGCAUCUCGUUGGAUCUCUCGAAUCAGGCCUUAAAGAUUUAAAUGAGAAUAUAUCAUCACAGUGUGCCUCUGCUAUCGACCACUUGGCUACAUUUUAUUUCAUGCAUGUUACUGUCGCAGAGUCAAUUGUGUCACCAGCUGCGUUGAAUAUAGCUCAACUAGUCUCUGACUGCUCUGCUUUAUUCUCUGGAGUAAGUUUAUCUUGGGCUUGCUGCCAAGAUGCAUUGUUCACUUUUGGUUUGCACUGUGAAAAGUAGGGCAAGCCAACUUGACAGUUAUAUGAUGUGAAUGAAAAAAUGAUCACAGAUAAGUACGGAAAUGAUUUAGGUUUUAUACAUAAUUAAUACAUUUUCUUCAUCCAUAUUGCAUAACAACUGGUUAUUUGUGAAUAAAUCAUACGGUAACUGGACACAGCAAUUUAUGUGUG